GAGUAGGCAGUCAAAAUGAGUGGGAGCCGAGCUUUCUUCAAAUCCUCAUUCCUUCUCCCAUCCAUCGUCUCUACUCACACCACCACCCUCCGAUCUCUCAGAGGCACCAUCUCCAGCCGUCGGAUUCGAAUGGCCACUGAAAUCUCCCACGGUGGGAAAAGCGGAGCAGGGGAGGAAUCUUCGUCCAGCAAGGAAUAUUCCACCACUGCCGAAUCUCCUUAUCUCCAAGCGUCCUCCGCCAUCGAUUUCCUCUCUCUCUGCCAUCGUCUCAAGACGACGAAGAGAGCCGGGUGGGUCCGGCGCGACAUUCAGGACCCGGAGUCGAUCUCCGAUCACAUGUACAGAAUGGGUGUCAUGGCGCUCAUCGCUGCGGACAUUCCUGGUGUCAACAGAGACAGGUGUGUGAAAAUGGCCAUCGUCCAUGAUAUUGCUGAAGCCAUUGUUGGUGACAUCACUCCUUCAGAUGGUGUCCCUAAGGAGGAAAAAAGUCGAAGAGAACGAGAAGCGCUAGAGUACAUGUGCAAAUUACUUGGCGGAGGGUCAAGAGCAAAGGAAAUAAGUGAAUUAUGGAUGGAAUAUGAGGAAAAUUCUUCCCCUGAAGCAAAGGUUGUCAAAGACUUUGACAAGCUGAAACAAAUUGAAAAGGAUGCUGUUUGUAGAUGUGAUCACAAUCUAGGUAAUCUAGGUGUUGGCUAUGCACUUUUGUUUAUCUUCCGUGGCUAUGCACUUUUGUGCAAAAUGUUCUCGCAUGCCUGAUUUAUGCUAAAUGUAUAUCAUCUAAAAACUGUGCAUGUGUUUGGAAUGAUAUACUCUUUUAUUUUUUAUGGUGGUGAAUUCAACCAGUACAGUCAAUGGAUCCACAUGCAACUUUCUAGACUGGUUUCCUUAGUUAUUCUGUAUCUCCAGAACUUUUCAUUUGGGUUAGCCCAUGAUUUUCGUAUCUUCAAAAUGUAAACAGAGCUUUUAUGUGGUGCUAAUGUGAUCUGAGAGUUCCAUUUUUUUAGAGGGAUUAUAUGAUCCUUGGCUCGAGUAUACAUAUAGUUCAAGACCGGAGUUUGUAUAACUGUGCCUCAACGUUGGGACUUGAUCUGCCUUGAGUGCAGUGUAGAAUGCCCCGGUUUUUGCAGGCCAUCAAUUUAUGGUCAGGAUUGUCCCCAUAUGGAGAUCUUUGGGGCAUGGUCCGUCCAUGGUGGGGUCCAUCAGAUCAAUGCUCUGGAUCACCUAGCCACAGCCUGAUUUGUAAAGCUUAGAGCUCGGUGAUACUGUUGAUCACCUAGCCAUGGAGCGUUUGACAGGUCAUUAGCUUUGCUGCUAAUGGACAUCUACCGGUACCUGCAGUAAUGAUGUUUGCAGUGACAUUCUCUAUUUGCCUUAGCCAUUUCUUUAUUAGUCGUCAUCAUCUAAGCCUUAUCCCAACUAAAUGGGGUCAACUAUUUCUUUAUCAGUAAGUAUUUUACCUCAAAAACUAAUAUCUGCAUUUUCCCCCUUUCCUUGUCUUCUUUUAACUUUGAGUUUUUCUUCGAGCAAA